AUGGCUGUAUUAAGUUUUUUGUGUAGGUCGGCGACGUGUGGUAGAGAUUGUUUUCAGAAUAUCUUAUCAUUUAGACUAGUCUUUAAUUUUCAAGUUAAACCAAAGUUUUUAGCAUACUAUUCUAUAAGAUGCUGUUCAACCAGAAAUUCAGCAUCUCAUGACGCUUCUCUCUCAUCAGAAGAAAAAGAUAAUGGAGAUGAAAUACUCUAUCCAGGAUACAUACACACAUCUUUGUUUCAAAAGGUUCUUCUUGGUGUUGGAUCGGCAGCAGUUGCAUUAACAAAUCCUCACAGAGGAGACAUGGUGGCAGUUAUGGGAGAAACAACAGGAAUGAUGGCUCUACCUCAAAUAAAGCAGAAGAUGGAAGCUGAUUCAGAAGGACAAGAUAUUCUCAGGGAAAGACCACGAAUCAACAGUAAAACAGUUAACAUUGAGAAACUGAAGAAAUUUCCGCAAGAUACUCUUGGCCAUGCAUAUUAUAGGUUUCUGACAGAAAAUGGUGUUAGUCCAGAUUCUCGUCUGCCUGUCCAGUUUGUGGAUGACCGCAAUUUAGCUUACGUUAUGCAACGUUAUCGAGAAGUUCAUGAUUUAGUACACACUAUUUUGGGAAUGCCUACCAACAUGCAGGGUGAAGUGGCUGUAAAGUGGGUGGAGGCUAUUCAAACGGGUCUUCCCAUGUGCGUAGGAGCUGCAGUGUUUGGGCCAAUCAGGUUCAAGAAAGGGCAGAGACAACAAUACACCUCUACGUAUCUCCCUUGGGCCAUUCGAUGUGGGUUUAAGUCCAAGUUUCUAAUGAACAUUUACUUUGAACGGAGAUGGGAACAACCUUUGGAUGAGCUACGGACAGAGUUUAACAUUGAAGCUCCACCCAGUAUACCAAAAACUUUAAAAAAAGCUCAGAUUAUUAGUUGAAGUUAAAUUAUGUUUAUGGUUUCAGAAUGAAAGAAGACAAAUCAACAAUUAGUGAAAUAUUUUAGAUUUUUGUAAAAAAAAAAAGAAGGCAAUAUUGCAUAUAGUGAACAGUGUCUUAAGUCAAAUUUAAUGAGUUAUUAUUUUAUCUCGUGUGUGUGUGUAUGUUAGAAUCCAGAUAAAAAAGCUAAAAACUUUUUGAAGAGGUACUGAACAAGAUGUCUUGAACAGUAAACGAACAUACUAUGCAAUGAAAAAUAUUGAAGUUUUUAAUAGUUGAUAAAAGAGAAGGAAAGAUCUAA